CCUAUUGAUAUUUUGAGAGGAACAGAAAGACAAACGCAAGAACCGGACGUUCGUAUACCCAAAAAUUACGAUUUUCUGCUCUUUUAGAAAAUUUCUUUUAUAAAUUUAAUUUCUGUUACUUUUUCCUAAACUCCAGUUAAAAAAUUCUAUUACAAUAUAGCUAUGAACCUAAAAUCCACGAAGGAAAUGGAGACUGAAAAAAGAAAAGAGGAUGGAUCAUCAUCAAAAGUGGUGGUGGAAACAACGGAGCAACGUUCCUCGGCGGGGAAAGGCACAGAGCAAAGAAAUGUACAAGUGGUUCAUCAAUCUCAUCCCAAAACUAGCGGCGACGUUCUAGUCGGAGCUGCUGCUGCCGUUGAAUCCACCCUUCAAUCUGCCAAAGAAGUCAUCUCUAAAUAAAUAAUCGGUUUUCUAUUUUCUAGUACUUUCUUUACCACUGUAAAAAAUCCUCUUUGUAUUCCCAUAAUGAGACCCGUAAUCUUAUUAGCUU